AAAAGAAAAACACUGUAGCACAGACUGGUGCGUGAAGUGCAAUGUAACCAAACCAGAGUAGCCACCCAGUCACUGCAAAUGUGGUGGUUUGUUGUUUGUUUUGUUGUGUUCUAACUCCGGACAACUCCCUCAACACACACCUUUGCCUUUCUUGUUAUUACCAAACUCUUCGCCCAAAUACUUCCCCAACUUUCUCUUAUUUUCUUUCUUUCAGCCACCCUAAAUAAUCUCUCUUUCUACACCACAAGAAUCUAAACUACUACUACUACUUCAACUCCACUGUUUCAGAUCAUAGGUAGUCUUUUACCACGGACACAAUGUAAAUCUCCUUUUUUUUCCAGCUCUUGAAGUAAUAUUCAGAUUGGUAAAACUGAAGAAAAUGGACAACCAUAAAACCCCAGAAACCCUUGAAGUUAAACUCCCAGAUGUUAAAACCCUAAAAGCUCAAAACCCAGACAGCAUGAAUCUAGAAGCAGCUUCUGGGCUUUCUAAGUUAUUUGGCUCAAGUGAAAACAGUGCUGUUGUAGAGUCGAAUUUUGAGGUUCCUGUAGAAGAAAAUGAGAAAGAUAAUGUGGAAUUAAUGAACAAAUGUGAUGGCCUUGAAGCCCAGAAUUCAGAUGCUAGUGACAGUGUAGAUACAGUGGUUGCUGCUGAUGUGAAUAAUGUUGGAAUUGAGAAGGCUUCUUUCCUUGAUGAUGGUAUUGAUGGGGCAAUUGAGAAAGGAAAGGAUUCCACACUAGUGGAAUUGAAUGAAAAUUUAGUGGCUUUGGGUAUUAUUCUGUGUGAGGAAGUUGAAGUUGAAAACUCUGUGAAAGAUGAGGAAUUGAAGGAGGAUGAAGAGUUAGGAUUUAGUGAUCCUGUGCCUGGUAGGAAGCUAGAAGUUUGUGGAGGCAAUAUAUCUCUUUAUGUAGAUUUUUCUGAUUCUCUGAGCAGGGUAAAUUUUAACAAUCUCAAAGACAUGGAUGGUUCUGGUUUGUUUGUUAGCCAAAAGGAGUCUAAAGAAAUGGGUGAUGAGGAGAUGGAAGAGUUAACUAGCAAGUUCCUUAUAGGCGAUAUUGUAUGGGUUAAAACCAAAAAUCAGUCCUGGUGGCCUGGAAAAAUUUAUGAUCCAUUAGAUGCUGGAAAAUAUGCUAUGGGGGAAAAGCAGAGAAACUGCCGGUUGGUUGGUCAUUUGGGAAGUAGCCACGUUGCUUGGUGCUUGCCAUCUCAAUUAAAGCCUUUUCAUGAGAGUUUUGAGCAGAUGACCGGCCGAAACAAGGCCAGAAGCUUCCUUAGAGCAGUAGACAAGGCAGCGGAUGAGUUUGGUAAAUGCCUGAAAUUAGAAAUAACUUGUCCUUGUAUCCGAGAAAAAGUUCAGCAAUCAUCUAGUAUUGUUGAAAUUCCAGAACGAGUUUCUUUGCCAGAGAGCAGAUUUGGUGAAUUUUCGUGUAGCCAGGUUGAACCAAUGAAGUUUCUUGUGCAAAUUAAAAUUCUUGCACAGGCUAUCUCCAACCUUGACAUGCUUGAGUUAACUGUAGCAAAGAGUUUUUUGUCAGCAUUUUAUCAAUCCAUAGGACAUAGUCAGUUGCCUAUGGAACAACUCUGGGAAUCAACUGAUCACCAUGAGAAGUCUGGUGACAAGUUAAUGGCAAAAAGUCAAAUUGAUGCUCAAGUUGGAGGCCGAAAUUCAGGGCCUGCCAAAGGGGAGUCACAAAGCAUAGAGGAUGUAGUUCUGCUGCAAAAGAAGAAUAAAGACCUAGCCACAAUUUCUGGAGCGGAUCUGGAUACUAUGGCAGAUAUUUGCAAAGGUAACCUUCUUGAAGGAAAUGGUGCCCCAAAUGAUCUGGCAUCAAAUUCCAGUAAGAGAAAGAGGAAGAGGUGUUUUGAAGUUAAAGUUGAAGGUGAAGAAGUUAGUCUAUCAGCUUCUCCAUCAAAGGAGAAGAUGUGUAUCUUGGGAUCUCCAACAAUGGUAGAGAGGAGCUCUGAGUUGAGAGAAAGGAAGAAGAGCAAGUACUUAACAUAUCCCUAUAUCAAUUGGGAACAUAAGGAUAUGCCAAGUGACACUGAAGACCCCAAGGCUCAGAAAGCUUCUCAAGAGAAAGAAGGUGAAAAGGCAGAUGCUGGUCAAUUUGUUGGAUCCCUUUUGUUUUCUAAAUCUAAUGCGACGAGGUUUCAGAAGAAAUGGUUCAAUAAAUUUAUAGUAAGGAACGAUGCUUCCAGUAACCCAGAUUUGAUAAAUGCAUCUGUUGCCACUUUGCUUUCUAAACUGUGUUUCACUGCUGUGGACUGUCUGUAUCCAACUGAGAGCAAAAACUUUGAUUUAAUAGAGUGGUUCUUUUCAAGGUUCAGAAUAUCAGUAUUUCAUGACGAGUCCAUUUAUGAGAUGCAUUGCAAGAAUGUGAUGGGGAGCAGUAAUGAGGCAUUGCUGGGAAAGGAUACACAGGAGACAAGCCAGACUUUGUCAGAUGUCAAGACUGAGCAGAAGAUGCAGAAGAAGAAGAAUGAAAACUCAGCUAGAUCGAAAACUAAAUCUCUUGAUAGAUUGUCGGAUGUGAAUGUGAAUAUGGCUACGGAUGGCUUAUUUGUAAAACAUUCCUGUGAGAUGGACCCUCCCACACUUAAUGGAAAAUCUGGGUCAAAGAAGAAAAAAAAGAAGCAAGGAAGAAAUCCUACAGAUCUACACACCAAUAAAACAGCAAACAUACCUGACUUGAAUGGCAAUGGUACUACAACGAAUUUGUGGGUGGAAAAUUCUGAGCAGACUAGCCAUGUUGAGCUUGAGCCGAAUGUGAGGGAGAAGCCAGUGGAUGUAAAUUUAAAUAAUGCAACACCUACGCUGUUAGUAGAUUUACAGGUGACAGGUCCAUUUUCGAUAAAUGCUAUUCCUGAACAAAGUAUGAGGGAGGAAAAAAUUACUGUUAGUGUACCAACUUCAAAUGGAAACUCUGCAGUUCCAAGUCUCUUGGCUAAUGGACCUUCAUUUAUUGGCUCACUUGCUGCCGAAGGUAAGCAUAGCCCAAAAAAAAGAAAAAGAAAGGACAAAUCAACUUCAGAACGCGCUACUGUUGUUGCCAGCGUUGCUGGGUUAGAUGGGAAUCCUGCUGAACCCAGCGUGUUGGCCGAAUCUGAAAAGAGAGGAAGGAAAAAAGGAGCUUCUUCACGGAAGCCAAGAAAGAAAUCUAUUGCGAGGGUACCAGAUAUAAACAUGAAUUACAAUAAUGCUAAUGGGGAAGCUCCAGGGACAGCUCUGCUAUUAACAUUUACUCCAGGAGCGUCUUUGCCUUCGAAAGAAGUUCUGGUUGCAACAUUUGGCCGGUUUGGGUCCUUGAAGGAGUCAGAAAUGCAGUUAUCAAAAGAUUCUGGUACUGCCCAAGUUGUUUUUGUGAGAAGUAUUGAUGCUGCAGAAGCUGUUAGGAGUUUGGAGAAAUGCAGUCCUUUUGGUGCAACCUUAACCAAUUACCAACUUCAUCUUCUUUCAACUGGUGCAGCUACUGAAGGAUUCAGGACACCUGCAAAUUCUUAUGGGUCAAUGCCAAUUCCUGCUGAAGCUCCUCCAAUUGACUUCAUAAGGCAGAAUCUGGAGAUGAUGACAUCAAUGCUGGAGAAAUCAGGAGAUAAUCUCUCUCUGGAAAUGAGAGCCAAAUUGGAGACUGAAAUCAAAGGCCUUCUGAAAAAGGUGACGUCAAUGCCUAGCUCAUCCUCGUCUUAGUUGGAACAGUUGAAAGUUAUUGAAUUCUGUGUCAGGUUGUUUACUAGACUAGAAAUGUCUAGGUUGUUUUCAGGAUCUUCUAUCGUUAGCUGUUGCUUUCUCAGUCUGAUCUCUCACUCUCACUCCCUCUCCCUGAAUGUUAAUGUGAGGACUGAUAAUUUGUGCUGUCGACUGCAUUGAGAGGGCAUAUGCAGUUUCUAAAUAAAAGGACCUACAUGUAUCAAUAUCAUUGUUCUUUUCACGUUUCUGCUGA